AUGAGAUCUACUCUUCUGUUCGCGUCUAUCCUCCCUUGCGCGUAUGGCACGCAGCUCAAUCCCGACUUCUUGGAGCUCGUGAGACAGGACCCGCGUGCCCAAUUGAACCUGAACCGAUAUGCCGCGCAAAAGUUCGACAUUGGUUCACCAUAUUCGGAAAUCCCCAUGUCUAAGCUCGCGAAUAUCAACAUGGACAGUAUACCGCAAGACAAGCGGCAAUGCUUCUAUGUACGCCAGCAGUUCAGCGAUAGGAAUAGUAUUGCGUCCACGGUCGAUUUUGCCCCCCCCUCGGUUGACGGUUCCAGGACCUCCCCGGGGCCCAUUACCGUGUCCUCCUCCAAGACGAUUAUAGAUAGCUCCAGGCUGGGGUGGAAUACGGAGUUUUCCGAGGAGGAGAGCAUAUCGGCCAGCGCAGGGCUUGCCGGUUCCUUCGGCUCCGGGUCCGUCAGCUAUAACCACGGCGAGCGGUGGACCAAGGGAGAGAGCGGUGAUAGGACAGCGACGCAAGAGAUCUCCAAGUCGGUCACCGGCGUGUUCGACUGCCCCGACGACGCCUCGUGCACCGUUCUCACCUGGGCUUACGACGUGCACCUGCGCGGGCGCUGCUACUGGCAGCCCUUGGUGGACGCCGAUUGCUUUGGCGACUUGCGAUAUUUUCAUCGGGACGACCAAGGAGAAACUGCCAGCCAUCAAGUAUAUGGCAACAUCAGCGUCUUGGCCUAUGCUGCCAACGACCUACACGUGACACACUUUGAAAUGUUCCCACCCAGGUGGAAGGAUGAGGGAUGGUGGGGGCCCGGGCUGCUGAACAGACAAGGCCCUCCGCCGAAAUGGGUCACUGCCGAGGCGUGGAUCGAUCUCGACGACUUAGACGGCGAUCACACGACCUUCGUGCCAGUAACUCCUUGGGGAAGAUCUGUCUCUCAACAGUUCUGGAGCUUUGGCUCAGGAGACACUAUCGAAUCAGGCAUUCUCCCUGUCGACAAGCUCGGGGUGCAAAUGCACAAGGCGGCCGAGCCAUCCAGGAAAAUCGACGUCCAGUGCGACUUCAUCGAGCCACUCAAGCUCAACGGGGAAGUCAUGACCAAUCAACACAUGCUGGUUGAGCGCGUGGGCGUCAAUUACAUGCUGCCGCCGGUUGAAUUCAAGGCCGACCGUUACAACGCCUCGACAAAACAGUGCUUCCUCGAGGGCGGCUGGCGAUACGCCGUCACCAAGAACCGCGACGCUGCCUGGGGCAAGCCCCUGCCGCGUGGGCAGUGGGAAUGGACGUAUGGUCAGAUGAGGCCUAACUGGCCCAAGACGCCGGCGGGUCUUGACGAGAAGUGCCCUGAAAUGGUGCCGCUGGCGAGCCAGAUCCACAAGCGGUCUGAUGACGACGAGCCCAAGAGGCGGGUGGACUCGGUCAUUACUUUCGAUGACGAGCUCUUCUUCUGA